AUGGCCCCACAUUUGCACACAUCCUCAGCCUCAAAGUCUACUACUACUGGGGGGCAAACUGGCUCUGGUCGAACGACUCGGAGUGAGAUCACAAACACUGAGAAAACCGUCAAUAGUCCCUUCGCCGGCAGUAGCUCGGAGGCUGAAGCUGUCAGAAUCACUAACCUGGAUCCUCAAAUCCACACCGCAGAUAUUGCACCAUUCGCAAAAUUUGCGCUUGAAGAGAAAGUGAGGGAGCUUGCAAACCGUUCGGGCUUUCAGCCGGACGUGAUCCGAGUUGUGUACAAACACUCGCGAACCUUCAAGCAGGCAGAGAAUAUAACGGAGUCCAUGCGUGCUGCCGCCGUGAAGUGCGCCGUGGCCAAAAUCAAAAGAGUGAUGUUAUAUGGUACUGAGGAUGGCGGAGAGGAUGAGGGCAUAGAUGAGGACAAGGAGUGA